UCCUUUUUGAUUUACUAUUUGAUUGUGUAUUGAUUGAUUAAAUAUUUGAUUGAUAUCAUUUUCUUUGUUAAUUUUUUUAAUGCUAUAUUUGAGUUUGAUUUUCUUUCAUCUUUUUCUAUUAUAUGAUAGAGAUAAGACCAAUUUGGAGUAAUAGUUGCGGGUGUUCAUAAACAAGUAGUAGAUGCAGGUGUUCAUAAUAUGCCAUCUCUCUCUAAUCCUUGAGUUACACGCCGAUUCUCCCGUGGUUUUCUCCCCAUCCAGAGGGUUUUCAUAGGGGAGAGAAAGGUACUUGUGUGCGAGGAGGAAGCAAGAUCGCUCGACAUUAAUGGUGAUGCAGGGCCAUGACAGGAGAAGAUAAAUCGAGGGAAAAUCGAAGCGAAGAGAGUAAAGAUAGGGUGAAAGUGUCAGGUGUUGGGAGUAAUGGAAACCCUAAGACUAAAUAAUAUCUCUAUCAUUCUAUUUGAGACUCGAGAGAAUGAGAGUUGAGAGUAGCGAGCCACUGAAGUAGAAGAAUUUUUUUUUUACUUUUACCGGGUGAUCAGGUUGGUCUGAGUGGUUCGCUUGAGACAUUAUGUGGGCAAGGAUUUGGUGCAAAAUUGUACGAAAUGCUAGGAAUUUAUCUCCAAACAUCAUGUAUAGUCUCGUUGAGUUUCUCCAUAAUCAUAUCCAUAAUAUGGUGGUUUACAGAACCCAUCCUAUUAUUACUACAUCAAAGCCCUAACGUAUCGAAAGAAGCAGCCAUCUACAUGAGAUUUCUAAUACCAGGAAUUUUUGCUUAUGGAAUUUUACAAAACAUCUUAAGGUUCCUCCAAACACAAUCUGUAGUUUUACCCUUAGUUAUAUUGUCAAUCGUGUCAUUGCUCUUACAUUGUGGCCUCAGUUAUUUGUUGGUUCAUUGCACUAGUCUUGGUUAUAAUGGAGCAGCAUUGGCUACUUCAAUGUCAUUUUGGUUAUCAGUUAUAAUUUUGCUGAUCUACGUGAGUAAUGCUAAAAAAUUUGAGCACACUUGGAGAGGGUUAUCCAAGGAAUCAUUUUCUUAUGUUUUCAUCAACAUGAAAUUGGCAUUGCCUUCUGCUGCUAUGGUUUGUUUGGAGUACUGGGCAUUUGAGAUCCUGGUGUUGUUGGCUGGCCUCAUGCCAAAUUCUGAAAGAAAUACUUCUCUUAUUGCAAUGUGUGUUAAUACGGAAGCAAUUGCCUAUAUGUCUGCUUAUGGCUUAAGUGCUGCAGCAAGCACAAGAGUUUCAAAUGAGCUUGGAGCUGGGAAAGUAAAUGAAGCAAAGCAUGCAAUGGGAGUAACAUUAAAGCUAUCAAUUCUCCUAGCAGCUAUUGUUCUUCUUGCUCUAGGAUUAGGACAUAAUAUUUGGGCAGGCUUGUUUAGUGGAAGUGCCACUAUUAUCAAAGCAUAUGCUUCGAUGACUUUUUUACUUAGUAUUUCAACAUUCCUCGACACGGUUCAAGGCAUUUUAUCAGGGGUAUGCAGGGGAAUCGGUUGGCAGCACUUGGCUAUGUACAUAAAUUUGGGAACAUUUUAUCUCAUUGGUAUGCCCAUUGCAUGCUUACUCGCCUUCAAGUUUCAUUUUUAUGUCAAGGGUCUUUGGAUUGGCUUGAUUUGCGGCCUCAUCGCUCAAUCUAGUUCGCUUUUUUUGAUUACUCGACUUCAUGAAUGGACAAAACUUGAGCCCUCCGCUAGUGCCAAUGAAAGAUUUGUAUAGUCUAAGCUUUGAUGAUAGGAAGGUUAUGUAUCAACCUAAAAAAUAUUUAGUACAACAAUGUCAAAUAUAGACCAUUAAUUUUUAAUAUUCUAAAGCAUGAGUUAUCUAAAAAUAAUUCUACCUUUGGUAAAGAAAUUCGCAAGACUCAAACUUUGGUUUUUUUUGUGGUGCUAAACUUGCACACAGUAUUCUUGUUUAGUACUACCUCCGGUCUUUAUUAAUUUAUCCGUGUUUCUUUUUAUGAUGA